AUGCCCGUGGAGGUUUCUCUCUGCGUAGAAACGGGCGUCUUUCAUACCCUGCUACACCCUCGGCGAGACCACAGACGGCAGCAAAUUAAGCCAACCAGGACGAUGGACAUCUACCAAGCUGCGAGUCAGGGCAACACAGACGCCCUAAGAGCUGCGGUCGAGCAAGGCUGCAAUGUCAACGCCCCCGAUCAAGCCGGAAAGACCCCUCUUUGGCUUGCUGUACAGAGUGGCCAGGAAGAUGCAUGCGGAUUUCUCAUUUCCCAAGGAGCUGCCUUGAAGGCGCAAGGCCGUAGCAUUCUCGAUGUGGCUGUUCAAGAGGGAUAUACGGAGAUUGUGGCACUGCUGUGGCCGCACUGCAGUGCAGAAAAGGAAUAUCGCUCUCUAGAAAGUGCCAUCUCGCUGGGCUUUCAUGAAAUCGCGGACUUCUUGAUAGGAACCGGGGAGUUUGGACAUCAGUAUCCCCAAACCACUGGAGCUGAAUUGAGUGUGGUGGAUGGAUUCCCUGAGCGCGACAUCGCCGCUUUUCAGCAGUGGGAGAGAUUUUUCUUCGUUAGACGCGGUCAGCAGCUGCAGUUAGGCCCUGUCUUUCUUGGCUACGCGCUUCUUCUCGCUGCAAAGGCGGAUCGCAAUGGCGGCCUUCGAUUGAUGCAGUUCUUGCUUGAGGAAACUGCGGGGGACCCGAACUGCAAGAUCAAGAUUAACGUGCAAUUCGAGACUCCGUUGACAGCGGCUGCUGAGAAGGGCAACCUAGAGAUCCUCGCUGCGUUGAUCGACCAUCCAAACACGAGUUUGACGCUUGCUGGCAAAUAUGGCUGGCCCGCUUUUCUCCACCUCCUGGCAAACCCUCAUUCUAUCUCAACAGAAAGAGGUCGUAACGUCGCGCGCCGAUUGUCUUACGAUGCUUCCCCCAACCAAUUUUUCAAUGGUGAGAGCGGGUCCCGUUUGGAAAGGGCAUUCGAGAAUGUACUUCGGUUCGGCAACACUCGCCUCGUGAGGCAAGUGAUUGAUCUUGUUCGUGGCGCAGCAGGCACCCUUAUACUCCCACUUCUGAUCAGAGCCAAUGAAGCUGACGGUCUGAAGUGGAUCUUCAACUCUGAUACAGUCUUCUUAUCAAAUCCACCACCAGCUUUGUGGGUCGUGCUCUGCCAAUACUUCGAUCGCCAUGAAGAUCCGGACGCCCUGGAGCUGUUCGCUGGCGUUGCUGAACUCUUGGUCGAAAAGAAGACCUGGAACCCCAGCAUUCUGAAGUGUCUUUAUACUCGCAAUUUCUCUUUUAUGCAGCAAUUCUUCUAUCCACGCUGCCAUGUGCCUCCAAAGGAAGUAACAGAAAGCACACUGGUCGGACUUCCAGCGGCAUCUACGGAUGAAUCCCUCAUGAAAGAAUGGGCCGACGCCGGAUUUGCCUGUGAGACUUUGUGGAACGCUAUACACUGCGGAAUUUGGACGAGUCCAGCCUUCGACCAUCUUCUCUUAAGCCCCAGCGUUGAUCUCAAUGAGCCGGAUCCAUAUUUUACUAGCCGAAGGCCAGAACUGGAGCAAAUUCCCCAUGCAUUCUUCAAGGACCUAUCUAGUGAGGGGCAAAAAGACCCUUUCAGACCAUCUCCGCGAAGUUCUGCAAGUCUUUCACCACAACAGGCCCAAGUCCAUACGGACUACCAAAUGCAAAUGAUGCUCUUGGAGCAGGAGAAUAAAAGAAGGUUGAUAUUGUCGCGAGAUCAGAAAGCCCUCUCUCCACAACAGGCCCAAAUCCUUACGGACUACCAAAUGCAAUUGAUGCUCUUGGAGCAGCAGAAUAAAAAAAGGUCGAUAUUGUCGCGAGAUCAGAAAGGCCUCCUUUCUUUCGCCAUAACAACCCGCAAUGCUCUGCUUUUGGAUACCCUGCUUCUCUGCCCGCGCGUCAACAUCAACUCCCAGGAUCACUAUGGCCGAACUCCGAUGAUGCUACUGAGUCAUGGUGGUAUUGAUCUCAACCUACGGGAUGCCGAAGGUAGGACGGCUAUAUUUUAUGCUGCACAGGGCGGAAAACCGGACAUCGUCCAGUUGCUCGUUGGAACGCAUAAAGUGGACUUUUCCAUCCAGAAUAAACAGGGUCAAACUGCUUAUAGCAGUUCACAAGAAGACGCUCCCACAGGGACGAUGCCUGCAAAGGCGUCGUCGAGCCCCACUCACAUGGCAAAGCUGCCGACUCUGACUACAACCAAGCAUGCUCCCAUCAAUACUAGUACGGAAACUUGCGGUCACCAGGGGACUGUGCCACAGCAUCAAGAAUCUGAAGAAUCGACUUCGACAAGAGGCACAGACACCACGACCACGUCCGCACGAGAUAGCCCAUCUUCAUCCCCAACAUCGACCCCUCCCACUCCCGAUACGUGCGAUGAGAACGAGGAGGCAAAGUCCGACGAUACCGGGGGUAACAUGCUAGUUGAGCGUGCUAUAGCCCUGAUUGCUGCUUAA